AUGGCUUCUAUUCGAGUCCUGUCAAAGGCUGAUGUCGAUCAAGUAUUGCGUCAAGGCGAUGUUGCUGCAGCGCGCGAGAUAGUGACACUGAUGUCCGAUACCUUUCGAAGCUAUACACUCGGACAUGAGACCUCCAAUAACUUUCAUGCUCAAGCUCCUCAACGAAUUGCCGUCAACACCGAGUCUCACAAAGUCUUAUUUAUGCCCUCGCGCUUGAAUGAAACGACGUCCGUUAAGAUAGUGAGCGUUCCUACCAAAGAUGGCAAAGGCGGUUUACCUGCCACCGUCAUGGUUUUGGAUGAGGCAACCGGAAGCGUAGAUACUGUUAUGAAUGGAGCCGCUUUAACUGCCGUUCGAACAGCCGCAGGCUCCGGUCUUGCCACACAAUAUUAUACCAAAGAAGACGUGAAGCAUUUGGUAGUUUUGGGUGCUGGUGCCCAGGGUCGCGCGCAUAUUGAUAUGAUGAUUGCUGUCCGCCCUUCUCUCGAGCAUAUUGCUAUUUGGAACCGUGGACAGGAGCGUCGUGACCAACUUAUUGAGGAAAUGAGAACUGCCUAUCCCACGCGCACUGUGGUGGCUGCCGACGAUUUGGAAAAAUAUGUCCGAGAAGCCGACAUCAUUUGUACAUGUACCAAUGCUUCGGAGCCUGUGCUUCGGGGUGCUUGGUUACGCAACUCGGUUCAUCUGAAUUGUGUUGGAUCUUAUCGUUUGGACAUGCAUGAGGUCGAUGCCCAAGUUAUUACGCGAUGCGACAAAAUUCUUGUGGAUUCUAUCGAAGCGUGCAAAGCCGAAGCAGGGGAAUUGGUGAAAUCGUCCAAACCGGAAGAUUGGACAGAAAUGGGUCAAGUAGUGAAGGAUUCUCAUCUUCAGUCAGAAAGUCAGCAGUUUCAAGGAAAAAUCACGCUUUUUAAAAGUGUGGGCAUCAGUGUUCAAGACAGUGCCAUUGCAGGCUUGAUAGCUGAACGUGCCAAAGAAGCCAAUCUCGGUUCCAUUAUUCCUUUCUAG